AUGGCGACUUGGACCCUGGGUUUGACUUUUGACCGGUGAAUGUUGUGCCAACUUAGCCUGUUUUUGCAUGAUUAUCUCUGGGAAAAGUAGGCUGUUUCGGGCAGUUUGGUUAUUCUGAGAGGCUGCAGACUUCACACAGCACGAAUGUCAAUGCGAACGAUUGUCCUGAUGGGAGUGCGGAUGGUGUUUUUAGUAGCAUCAAAAUUGUGGGAGGCCGUGUGUUAUUUGAUACGGAAAAAUACGAGAAAGGUUAUUCAGUAUCAAACUAUUCGAUAUGGCAGUGCACCGCUAUCGCCCCUGUCAAGACAUAAACUUUCUCUUGUUAAACGCAAGAUAAUGGUUUUAGAUCUAGACGAGACGCUAGUCCACUCACAGCAUGCCAGCCUGAUGAGGCCAAACAGACCAAGUAUACCUCCUGACUUUGUUCUUAAGGUUACGAUAGAUGCUCUUCCAGAGAGAUUUUAUGUUUACAAAAGACCUCAUGUAGAUUUCUUCUUGAAUGUUGUGAGUCGAUGGUAUGAUCUGGUUAUAUUUACGGCUAGUAUGGAAAUCUAUGGCUCUCCGGUCGCAGAAAAACUUGACAAUGGCAGGGGAACACUAAAAAGGAGAUAUUAUAGACAGCAUUGUACAUUAGAUGCAGGCAGUUACACAAAAGACUUAUCUGCCGUCAGCUCGGACUUAUCAAGUAUUUUUAUUGUGGAUAAUUCACCAGGUGCAUACAAGUUAUAUCCUGACAACGGGAUCCCAGUCAAGUCGUGGCUUUCCGACCCAACAGACAUCGGUCUACUGAGUCUGCUUCCAAUCCUAGACGCCAUGAGGUUUACCAGUGACGUACGCUCGGUACUGCGACGAAACGUCCACACGACGGCUCAUCGGACACUCUAGCUUCAGAUGUGAUGCUUCCAAUCCAAUGGGCUGCGUAAUGUACACACGACGGCUCAUCGGACACUCUAGCUUCAGAUGUGAUGCUUCCAAUCCAAUGGGCUGCGUAAUGAACAUGUUAUUAUUAUUAUUAUUGUCAUAGUAAGUUUGUAAAAAAAAUUAAAAAAAAAAACUUUAGAGAAAACUGAAACCUGUUUGAUGGGUUUUGUUUUUGGUUCAAUGGUAUUUGUUUAUGAUAUACAGUAAUGAGUAAAGUGGUGACCCCCCUCAAAGCAAAGGUCAAAGUUGGCCAUAAUUAGGUCAAGUGACAGCCCCUGUUUUGUGUGUGAAAAAACAAAUCAUCUUUAGUUGAUGUUGUGAGUUAAAAUUGCCACUCUGUUCUCUCCCCUCAACGAGCUGAUGUGAUAAUUGUUAAUUUGUGACGUACACUUACUACCUUGAGUACCUUCUCGGUAGAUACAUGCGCUAUAUAAGACUUCAAUUUUUAUGUCUGGAUUCUUUGCUAUGAAUGUGGCUUGGGAGAUGAAGGCGCGAAAAUCUGUAUAAGUUCGUAGACUAACAAAUGAAACAAAUGGAUUGACCAAAGAUUGCUUUUUUGUCACAUGGUUGCUUGAUGUCACUUUCAGGCCGAAAUGCAUCACGCUGUAUCGAUACCUCUCGUUACUUACCCCCGGUCGGGAUGAACUGAAAAACGUCGCUACUUGACCCCCAAAAGUUAGUACUUUGUAUGUAGUCAUGCACUCUUGUUAAAAUGCUUUUACGCACAAGUAUUUUGACACGACUCCAGUUCAAAUGAAUCUUAUUUUUACACUGUCGCCCUAGACUGCAUACAGUUAGACAUAUCACAAGAUCGCAGACUGAGAAAGGACCAGUGGCUCUUGCACAGAUACUGUUGUUGCGGGUUACCAGACUUGAGCUAGCAUGUUGAUAUGAUGGGCUACAGGCGUUAAAUCAAAACAUGCCUGAGUCUGACACAUUUUACUUAACCAAUAACUGUUCAAAUCAUCUGGCCAGUGAUCAACCAUGGCAGUUACUGGUUUUGACUGCGAAAACGCACCCCAGGGGUUAUGAGCGUGCAAGGCAUGAUGGGAAAAAAUUGCACGGCCAGAUCGAUAUGCCCUGGGAGUGAGGGUGCUACCACAACCCAUUGUGUUGUCUAGUCUGGCACCCUGGGUGUGCCCAUGCAUUUUGUUCACCGAAAAUGUCUUCUACUCGCUAAGUUGUUGCAACUCUCUCGGUGCGCAGCUCUGGUGGUUGGUUUAGUUGGAGUGACCUCUUAUGAAGCAAAUUGAUAAUGGAGAUCAAAAUAGCCAUCAUUGCUCCAAAUUGACAUAACAAAAUAGCAAUACAAGUAUUUCAGCUCAAAGUUAAAUUCUCUCUACAGAACUUAUGGAUCAGUCAGUAUUAUAUUAUGUAGAAUUUUGUGAUAAGAGUUUGAAGGGGGGGGGUAGUGGAUGAAUUUUCAGGUGAAUUUUUACAAGUGUCUACGAAGCUCUUGUAAUUAUGCCUCAACUUUAAUGUUUGUACAGUAUCUGAACAUGGUUCUUUUAAAAUUUGUUUGUGCUUUUUUUUGUCCUAAAAUGGAGAACCCCAAAUUAUUUUAAAACUAUUGUUUGAGAAAUUAAGUGUAUUAUAAAUGGUAGUAUUUUUUAAGCAUCAUCAGUGCAUGCAACACUCCUGAAAUACUUUACUGUUAAUGCUGCAGUAUUGUCAAAUUGUUUUUCUUUCUUUUGUCAAUGACUUGUUUCAGAAAUUGAAAAACUAACUUUUGCUUCAUUGAAUUCAUUAGUUGCUGAAAUAAAAGCCAAAAGCCACAGUUUAAAAUACAUUGACCUUUUGGAUGUGGUUACUACAGCGCUAGUGGAUAACUUUCGUGGUAACGACAGCCGAUAACCCACCAUUGUGGUGACACUAGUAACGACAGUCGUUAACUUACCAUAAUGUAAACACGGGUAACACAAGUCGAUAACUUCCUUCUGUGGUAACACAUGUGUGCCACCCCUUACCUUAGUGGUCACACUAGUAAUGCAACCCAGUAACUUACCGUAAGAGUACCUCCUAACUGCGUUUUUUUUUGUAUGAGGCUGGUGGUGGCAUGACGCAUACGCGUCUGCGACUUUCUAGUGCACAACUCUAUGGCGAAAUCCACAAUUGUCUCAAAACUCAUUAACAAUAAUUGCCAGGCACCCUUUUUAUUAGAAAUAGUAACAAUAAUAAUAUUUGAUCAUGCAUUCGUUAUUCCCCUCUUGUUUUAUUUGUAGAUCGUUAAAACCGGAGUUGUGGAAAUAGCGUCUCUACUUUCGAUAUGUUGAAAACAUUUCAUGUAAAAUAAAUAUUAUACACAUUUUGUGUGUAACAAAUUAAACAAACAAAGACAAUACCAGUAUUUUUAGUGUUUGAAUACAAUGACAACAUGAAGUAUCAAGAGUAUAAUUAAUAAACCAGUGAUUCCAUUGUGUGAAUAUUGUAUUCAUAUUCGCCGAUAUUGAAAAUA